AUGGAAAUUCAGAGGAACAUUUCAGAAUUUAUUCUUUUGGGGUUUUCUUAUGACAAGAACAUACAAAUAUAUUGCUUUGUGCUCUUCUUAUUUUGUUAUGUUGCCCUCCUGGUGGAAAACCUUCUGAUCCUUAUCUCCAUUAGAUGCAGCCCUCUUUUUCAACAACCCAUGUACUAUUUCCUCAUCCAUUUAUCCUCCACGGACAUCUGCUACACCUCCAGUGUUACACCCAAACUGAUAAGUGACUCGUUAGUGGGGACAAAAACCAUCUCCUACAGUGAUUGCAUGUUACAGGUCUUUUCCAUGCACUUCUUUGGAAUGAUUGAAAUCUUCAUCCUUACAGUCAUGGCCUUUGAUCGUUACAUUGCCAUCUGCAAACCUCGUCACUACAUGAUUAUAAUGAAUAAGACAAGAUGCCAUCUUCUAGUCUUGGCUGCUUGGGCUGGUGGGGCUGUCCAUUCUUUCUCCGUGAUUUCUCUAAUAAUAUGGUUGCCCUUUUGUGGCCCCAAUGAAAUUGAUAACUACUAUUGUGAUAUUUUCCCUUUACUGAAAAUUGCCUGUACUGAUACCUACUUCACUGGUGUCCUUGUGGUUGCCAAUUCUGGAAUGGUUGCAUUAGUAACCUUUGUCCUCUUAUUUGGGUCUUAUGUCAUUAUAUUAUUCUCCUUAAGAAACCACUCACCUGAGGGAAGAUGCAAAGCUCUAUCUACCUGUGGGUCUCACAUCACUGUGGUACUCUUAUUUUUUGGGCCUUCAAUCUUUGCCUCCCUCAGACCACCUACUACUUACCCUGAAGAUAAAAUAUUUGCUCUUUUUUACACCAUCAUUGCCCCUAUGUUGAAUCCUUUAAUCUAUACCCUGAGAAAUACAGAGAUGAAAAAGGCCAUGAAAAAGAUUUGGUGUCAAAAGAUACUAUCAGAAGAAAAAUGUAAUUGA